AUGAUUGGAUUCCUUGAAUUAUUGGCAUAAAGUAAUUCAUAUACUCAUAAAUUAGCUGUAAAACUUAUAUGUACCCUUAGACAUUAAUCUAAUUGUGAGACUGAGCCAAUGAUUAUCCUUCAGAAUGCCCAGCUACCGAAUAAUUCAAAUAACAGUCUGUAUGAGUUUGCUAAAAUGUCAUAUUAGUAUGCAUUGCUAUCAGAGAGUAAUGGAAUUUCAUAUCUUAUCAUUAAAGCUGCUUAUAAUGAAUAAAUCAGACUAGGGACGCAUUAAUUCUAACCCGCAACAGCUGCUCGAGGUACAGUUCCCAAUAGCCACCCCAUGAAGAUGCCAGCUGCAUUCGCAAUUGAAGUGAAAUCUAUUUUUCCUUUGACCUCAUCGAGUAAACAAACAGCAAUUAUAAAAGUUAUGAAUGUAGAGCUUUAAUCAAAAAUAUUUAAGGCUUUUUUCAAGAUUAAAAAAUUUGGUAAAAAGUACAAAAAUUAGUAGCCCUAGCCAUAGCCUUCUGAGAGUGAUUAAUAAGAACUAAAUCAAUAAUUUGAAAGAAAGCUCAAGUUCGAAUAAGAAGAUCAAUUUUAUAAAUAGCAGUCUGAUAAUUAUUUGGAGAAGAAAUAUUUCCGUAUUACUUAGCUAAUCACUGAAAAAGAUUUGCAAGAUGACAAAUUAAUCAGAACAGAAAAACAGUUGAUUUAAGCUUUUGAUCAUGUUUAUACUAAAUUUGACAGCUAUACAUCAGAAAGCAUUUAUGAGUAAAGUUAGAACUAUGAAUGGUUUAUCGAUUAACUAAAAGCCAUUAGAUAAGAACUAACAAUCAGAAAAAUUGACCACGAAUUUGCAUUGAAAGUGUAUGAGGUCAAUUGUGUAGUAGCUCUAAAUAAUUUGGAUUUAAGUUAGUUUCUUUAAAGCUAUUCGAGACUCAUUGAUAUAGCUAAGCAGUUAGGAGUUUAUUGGAGAUUCGAAGUAAUAUAUUUCUAAUUUAACUCAUAGGAAAUUAGGAUGACAAUGAGUCUCAUUUAUUUUAUAAGGGAGGACUUCGACUUAUUUACUGAGAUUAAAACUAAAGAUUUAAUAGAAAUGCAAACUGAAGAUUAUCAUCAUGAGGAUUAAUCCAAAUUAUUUGGGAUGAGAUUAGCAUACAAGAGGUAUCAAAUUUGUUUUAAUGCCAAUAUUUAGGCUUAUAAGAAACCUAAGUAGUGGAAAUUAUACAAGUGUCCUAAGAUUGGUCAAGAGAUAAAAUGA